AUGAAUCACCAAGAAAAACCACCAGAGGGAAAUCUGACCAAACCAAUGGAAUUUGUUCUCCUGGACUUUGCUGAUGUUCCCCAUCUCCAGUGGUUUCUAUUUGGAUUAUUCCUAAUCAUCUAUAUCAUGAUAUUGGUAGGCAAUGGCACUGUAUUUCUAAUAAUGAAACUGGACCCUGCUCACCAGACCCCAAUGUAUGUUUCACUGGGCAAUUUUUCCUUUUUGGAAAUGUGCUACAUGUCAGUUAUUCUCCCCAGAAUGCUCACGAAUCUCUGGACCCAGAGAAGAAGAAUAUCUUUAGUUGCCUGUGCUGCACGAAUGUGCUUCUUCCUCAUGCCGGGAGCCACUGAGUGUUUCUUUCUGGCCGUGAUGGCCUAUGACCAUUAUGUGGCCAUUUGUCACCCUCUACACUAUCCUCUAGUUAUGAACCACAAGGUCUGUGUCCAGCUGGUGGCUGGUUCUUGGAUGGGUGGCGUUCCAGUCCAAAUAGGGCAGACAUUCCAGACUUUCUCUCUGUCCUCUUGUGGUUCUAACCUCAUCAACCACUUCUUCUGUGACAUCCCCCCAGUAAUCAAGUUGGCCUGUGGGAACACCACUGUAAAUGAAAUGAUGGUCUACACAGUUGCUGUGCUGUUUGUUGCAGUUCCGUUUCUGUUGAUCCUUGUGUCCUAUGGCAAAAUCAUCUCUACAAUUCUUAAACUGUCAUCAGCCACAGGUCGGACCAAAGCCUUCUUCACCUGCUCAUCUCACCUCGUGAUGGUGACACCGUUCUUUGGAUCAGCCACUAUCAUAUAUUUAAGACCCAAGUCCCAAGACUCAGGGGGAACCAACAAAGUACUUUCUCUUUUCUACACUAUCUCAACUCCCUUAUUUAACCCUACGAUAUACAGUCUAAGAAACAAGAAUUUCAUAAAGGCACUGAAGAAACUGUACGUAAAUAAGCUACUUCACUUAUAA